CCUGCUAAGGAAGGAAAUUUAUAAAUCGCAGAACAUUGAGCAACUCGCCUGGUCCUCAGUCUCGGGAUAUAAAAAAAGUCAAAUGAUGGUCAAUGCUACGCACAACACGCACAACUCAUUUGACCUUCCUUGCGGUAGCAGUGCUUCGGAAACUCAGCCAAGAUGAAAUUCCUGAUCGUAGCUUCCGUCUGCAUUGUAGUGGUUCUCUGCCAGCAAACUAUACAGCCAAAGCCCAACAUUCGUAAUCUGCCAGCUGAAGUCAAACCACAGGCUCCCGGUCAGUGCUUUGCAUUCACUGCUAAUAAGGCCUUCGCCGUGGGCCAGUCUUGGCCCCUGGCUCCCUUCUGUGGAAGAGCCACCUGCAUUCAACAUGAAGGCAAACUCUUCGAAAAGGUGGAAGACUGUGGCUUUGAGCCCAAGCCAUCUCCCGGCUGCAGAGUCGUGAACGAAGCCGACCAAGGUAAGCCCUACCCAGCCUGCUGCCCCGUGUACCAAUGUCAGCCAGGAGCCAGCCUCCAGUACCCAACAGAGCAAGAACUGAGGGCUGCCGCACAGAGGAAUGCUCAAACUGCACAAAGAGGUUAAAGAUAAGAACGUAGAUUUUCAAGACAUUUUAACUCAUAAUAGUGUUGGACUUGUUCUUCCAGAGUAUAAAAAUAAAAAAUAAUUAUAUAUCUAGAUGAAAUGUGAUGGUUAUAAAACAAUAUGGGAGAUCUGAUUUGUUUAGAAAACAAUCGCGGAACACGACCUGUAAGAUAUGCAAAGGAAGAGGCGCUUGUAUCUAUAACUCAAUUUUAAGUUUUAUUCUAGACAAACUUUUUUUUUCUUUUAGCCUAACAUUGUCAUUGAGGAACCAGACUUGGAAUGGUCAUUGUAAUGAUGCUUAAAUAAUCAAGUACAGCAGUUAUUCUGAAGACAGACCUGGAAUCGAACUUGCAUAACUAAUUUCAAAGAAUGAAUAAAAACAUUAAUUUUA